AUGAUAUAAGAUGAUACUUCCCAGAUACCAUAUAGAUAUAAAAUCUUAAAUACUUUUAAAGUUACUCUUUAAGAAAGUUCCUUGUUAUCCUUGGCAAUAUAAGCGAUCUAUACAAUUAAAUACAAAGAUGUGGUAUAAUGUAGUUAUUAAUUUUUUUUUAGAAGGAGAGAUAGGGUUAAACACUUAUGAAAUUAGUACAAGCAGUAUUCUUGUAAUACUCAGGUGGUUGA